AUGGUAUGGGAUGAUAACAUUAAAGGUGGAGUUGGAGGCGGUGCUGCUAUAAGGAUUAGAGGUGGAACUGUGAGAGGAGUUGGAGGUGGCGGUGUCAUAAUAGAUGGGAAUUGUAGUGGUAUUGGUGGAAGAGUUAGUGGUGGUAUCAAAUGGGGUGUUAGUGGAGACAACAAAGCAAACAUUAGAGGAGAAGUUGAUUUUAAAGGAGGACUUGGUGGAGUUGGAAAUGGUGUUGCUAUAGGGUUUGGAAGUGAAUAUGGUCGUGACAUUAAUAAAGGUGCUGGCAAAGUUGGAGGUGCUAGUGUUAUAGGACAUAGAGUUAUUGAUGGUGGCAUCAAAGGAGGAGUUGGAGGUGAAUUGGUGGUGGCAUUAGGGGAGGAAUUAAAGGCGACAGGGGUGGUGUUGAUGGUGACUUUGACUUUGGAGAUCAUUCAUAAAUGCAUCAUGGAAGCGUACACUAUAAAUAAAUCAAUGAGUUUCAUGAUGCUCGUUCAUGGAUUUGAAUGA